AUGCGUCGUUGCGCCUCGACCUCUGCUAAUUCCGCAACCCGCACCCCACCCCAUCUCCUGACGCUUGCCGACCUGUCUCCGGCUCAAAUCGCAUCGGUUCUCGAGUCGGCCAUCGAAUUCAAGUCUGCCUUCCGAGCUGUCUCGCAAGCGCUGCCCGAAUCAUCGCGCAAGCAGCUCGCUUCCGGGGACUCGCCCAUCGUGCAGAGCCUCAAGAACAAAUCCAUCGCCAUCAUGUUCAGCAAGCGCAGCACCCGAACCCGCGUCGCCUCUGAAACCAGCGUCGCGUCCCUCGGCGGCACAGGUCUGUUCCUGGCUCCAUCCGAUAUCCAAUUGGGAGUAAACGAGAGCCUGUACGAUACGGCCAAGGUGGUCAGCUCGAUGGUGGACGGUAUGAUGGCUCGCGUUGGCGGACACGAUGAAGUCGAGUUGCUCUCCAAGCACUCGACCGUACCCGUGAUCAACGCUCUUUCGGCCCGAUACCACCCAACCCAGAUUCUGGCCGAUUUGCAGACCAUGCUGGAGAUCUACGCACCCGCGUCGUUGCCUACUGAUCUCUCUUCGUUGGCGGGUCUCAAAGUCGCUUGGGUGGGAGACAGCAAUAACAUCCUCAACGAUAUGCUCGUCGCAUAUCCUCGACUCGGCAUCCAUCUUUCCGUCGCUACACCCAAGGGUCCUGCGUACCAACGCGACGAUCUCGUCUGGGGUACAAUGCAAGACGGACUGUCGGCACUUUCGAAAUCCGGCUCUUCACCUGUAGCUCUCGGUCAAGUGUCGUGGUCAAACGACCCCGCAGAAGCCGUCAAGGAUGCCGACAUCAUCGUCACUGAUACAUGGAUCAGCAUGGGAGACGAGGCGCAAAAGGAACAGCGUCUGCGCGAUUUCGCCGGGUUCCAGGUGACCGAACAGAUGGCAAAGCAAGGAGGUGCCAAGCCCGACUGGAAGUUUAUGCACUGCUUGCCUCGAAAGGGCGACGAGGUGGAUGACGAGGUGUUCUACUCGGAUCGCUCGGUGGUGUUCCCGGAGGCCGAGAAUAGGAAGUGGACGAUCAUGAGCCUGUUCGACCGCAUGUUUGGUCGAUGGGAGUUGUAG